GCGGCUGCGUAUCGUAUGUGCUCGGCUCUUCGUGCUCCGUUCUUCCAGCUUCUUUGUUGUUCUUUUUUAAAUUUUUUUUUGUUAUCGACUUUUAAUUCAUAAAGAAAAGAAAUUUAUCGUCGAUAAGGAACGCACUCGAUGCGCGUCAACAUUCGAAUGACAACAACCAACAGUGAGUGAAACUCUCGCGCGAGUUGCUACACCGUCACAUGUAAAAGAUAUAUAACUCCUGUCCGAACCUGUGUCCGUGCUAAAUACAUGUACGAGCAGCGAGUAAGAGUUCGCUUGCCGAUGAUACGAAUGAGCAAUAAUUUACAUAUGCGAUAAAAACAACUCGUGGGCUCGUCGUCGUCGUCGUGUCAUCGCUCUCCGAUACUUCGAUAUAGAGCAGUGCACGAUAAACACCGAAGUUCGCUCGAUGAACGAAGUGCCAUCGACGAAAUAUGGAAUAAUUAUGCCAGUGCGAUAACUUUUAUCGUCGUUCACACUUUUUUUUUUUGAUAGUAAAAAGAAUAUAUCGAGAAUAGGUGCGCGCGAGGUGCCACAAUCGAACGUGUACCAUGUUGCUACCGCUGUUGUUGCUACUAGCUGUCAAUCUUACGAACGGCGACGUUCAACAAUUGCCCCAUUGCAAAGAUCAGCCGUCUGUCGUCCCCGAGACUCCAGAAAAUCCAAGAAGCUUAAUAUUUAUCAGUACUUUGGAUGGAAAGCUCACUGCGCUGGAUGCAGCGAAAAAUGGAGAAAAACGUUGGUCCUUGGAUUGGAAUGAAGAACUAUUAUCCUCCAGUAUUCACAGAAGAGAUCUAAACAGUAAUGGACAAUGGGUUAGGCUGAUCCCUUCAUUAAAUGGAGGACUGUAUAAGUUUGAUGGAAAGAAUUUGGAAGCAGUUCCAGUUACAGUGGAUCAACUUUUAAAAUCAUCUUACAGAUAUUCCGAUAACUUGAUUUUUUCUGGAGGCAAAGAAACCAGAACAUAUGGGAUUUCCAGUUCAACAGGUAAAGUCAUUUAUGAAUGUAUAAUGAGAAGUUGCAAUGAUGCAAAUAAUAAAGAAGAAAAACAAGAAGAUGAAGAUGUGCUUGUUGUCCAACGACAUCAACAUAUUGUGAGAGCAGGAGAGCCAAAAACAGGAAUAGAAAGAUGGAAUUUCAGUGUUGGACUUCAUGAUUUAAGUAUUAUUCCUAAAUCUAAUUCUAAUUGUAAUCUGAGUAGUACAUUCAACUUGACAAUUGAUCUAAGAGCUGUUGUGCCAGAUGGACUACUGACUGCAUAUAAAGAUAAAAAUUCUACAAUUAAACUUUGGGAAUAUAAGUUUGAUGCUCCAAUUGUAUCGGUGUGGAAAGAAGAUCAAGUCAUUGAUAACGGUGAAUUAACUCAAUUGAAGGAAUUGAAUCUAUUUGAUUCAGUUCCUGCUAACCCAGUAUUAGAUCCAAAUUACACUUCAAACCCUGGCUUGUACAUUGGCAUGUAUGCCAAACAACUGUACAUACAAGAAAACCCAUACAUUAAUGAACAUCUUGACGCUUUUUCUAAAUCACUGGUCAAAUACCCUUGGAGACCUUACCCAGUUUUAGAUAAGGACGGAAGUUGGAAGAAUAUUGUAUAUAAAAAGCCAAAUGAUGUUGAUAGUACAACUGCAUUAUCCGUUCUAUAUAACACGGAAUAUGUGAAUGGAAAUGGAUAUUAUUUAUAUCCCAGAAAAGAAAUCCCUUUUGCAAAGGAUAAUAAAUUCAAUAAAACAGAACGCAUAAUUAGGCCUGCCAGAAAACCUUCACUUAUUGAUGAAGAAAUUGAUGAUACUCAAGUCCAAGUUAUAAUAGUUUCUUUAUGGUAUUGGUGGAGAGAAAUUGCUAUUAUUUCCAUUACGUCUGCACUUUUACUUAACUAUUACAUAACGCACAAAUAUUUAAAUGAGAAAGAAACAAAAAAUGCUGUGCCACCGCCUUUCUCUUAUGAAUUUCACGUAGUAAAUUCAACGGAACAACCUCGAAAAUCUGUGAGCGAAGACAGUGAAAAUUUUCAAUCUCGUUAUUUGACAGAUUAUCAACCAGUUGCCUGCCUUGGCAAGGGUGGUUAUGGUGUUGUUUUCGAAGCUAAAAAUAAAAUAGACGAUUGUAAUUAUGCCAUUAAAAGAAUCGCUUUACCAAACAGUCAAUCGUCUAGAGAGCGCGUUAUGCGCGAAGUUAAAGCUUUGGCAAAGCUCGAACAUCACAACAUAGUUCGUUAUUUCAAUUCUUGGCUUGAGUGCCCUCCACCAAAAUGGGUAGAAGAUCAUGAUAGAGAAUGGUGUAAGAAAAAUGACUUUACUGCUUCGGAUAUUACUGCAGAUUCGACUGCGGUUGACUCGUCGCAAAAUAUCGACGCAUUAUCAAGUGAUACAGUUUCAGUGGAUAGUGCUUGGGAGGCACUCGACAUGAACGCUUACGUAAAUACUUCUCCUCGAUCUGAUAAUAAACGUAAAAACAUUGUGAAAAAGGGUGGAGAAAAUGAGAGAGAAAAAACGGAAGCAGAAAGUGAAGAAUCAGAAGAUUCCGAAUCAGUCGUUUUUGAAGAUUCCAUUGGUCACAAAUGGGAGUCAAACACUAAUGAUCUAGAUGAUUCCGACGAAUCCGUUGUAUUUCAAAAUUCUAUUGGUCACAAAUCAGAGUCAACAAUAAAUGAUCCACUAAAUUCUGAUGAAUCUAUUGCAUUUCAAAAUUCUACAGGACAUAAAUCGGAAUCAACAAUAGGUGAUCCAGAAGAUUCCGAACAAUCAAUCGUUUUUAGAAAUUCUGGUGAUGAUGAUUCGAUUUCAAUGUCAAAUAAAUCAGAAAACAGUGAAUCUAUAGUUUUUGCUAAUUCAGCCGGUAAGGAUUCGGAAUCAAAAAGAAGUAAAUCAGGAUAUAGCGAUUCAAUCGUUUUUGCAGAAUCUCACGAUGGAAAAUCUGAAGCUACAGAGGAAUCAAUAUUUUUCGAAAAUUCUAAAUCUAAAAAGUCAUCAUUAUCUGAGCGAAAAUCACAAUUGAACGUAAAUUUAAGAAAACGAAAGGAUAGUUAUAAAUCAAAUCCAAAAAUGUUCCUCUAUAUACAGAUGCAACUGUGCCAAAGACUAAGUCUCAGAGAGUGGUUGAAAGCAAAUAAAACACGUAAUAUUGCUCAAGUAUUGAAUAUGUUUUUACAAAUUAUCGAUGCCGUUGAGUACGUUCAUCUUCAAGGAUUAAUACACCGUGAUUUAAAACCCUCAAACAUUUUCUUUGCCCUCAACGAUAAAAUAAAAAUUGGCGAUUUUGGGCUGGUAACUGCGAUGAUGGAGGGCAUCGGUGCCGAUCAAACACAAUCUAACACAUCAACGGGUGAAUUAAAAAUUUUCAAAAAGCACACUGCUCAAGUAGGAACAACCUUAUACAUGUCUCCGGAGCAGAUGAAUGGAGACCAUUACAAUUAUAAAGUUGAUAUUUACUCACUUGGAAUAAUAUUGUUUGAAUUGCUGAUACCCUUCGAUACGGAAAUGGAAAGAGUUGUUGCUUUGUCAAAUUUGAGAAAAUCAACUUAUCCUGAUGGUUUUGACACCAAGUAUCCAGAAGAGUAUAAAUUAUUAAAAUUGAUGCUCGAUUCUAAUCCGGAGAGACGUCCGACGACUCUUGGCAUCAGAGCCCGACCUCCACUUGUUAAUAAAAGUCAGGUUCUAACUAGUCAAAGUACCGAUGCUAAUACCAGUGCUGAUUGGCAUUUUGAAUUACCGCUGAUGACUAGGAAUUUAUCCACGUCCAAUACGACCAGUGGCAGUGAUACAACUGAUAAUGUUUCAUAAACAUUAUGUUUUGCUCUUUAUAAAUGUGAUAAAUGCAUACACAUUAAUUUUUAAGUAACGUUUACAUAAUUGAUAUGUAAGAUUGAGAAUCUGAAAAGAUUUGUAUGAGACUCGGAAGUAUUUACGAUCCAUCAAUUAUUUUUAAGUAUCAAGAUUUCACGCAAGUUGAAUUCAAUAACUCAUCCCACUCAUAUUAAGUGAUAUUAUUAUGGAAAAAUUGUUAAAAAAAGUUAUGAUAUUGUAUGUAAUCUUUAGGAUUAGUAGUAAAUGACCAUUAAGUUUGAAACUGCAUCUUAUGACCAAAUCCACAAAAUAUUUACAUUCUCGUGUAUAUAUUCAUAUAACUUUUAUUAACAUCGCCAUAUAUCAUUUUUACUAAUCUAC